GUGACUUGAGUGACAUUAGUGACAAACACAGAAAAUAUUUCUAAGAAUUCUGAGUUCCUGACGUACAGAAUUUUGAGGUUAUGUACACAUAUCCCGUGCGGUGUUUCUAAAAACAAGUAUUUACCAUGUCUGAUAGUGAACGGAUGCCAAAAAUUGAUCCGACAAAACUGAAACAGUCUGAAAUCGACCUUAUUAAAAUUGUGGAAAGACAGAAUUUGGAAAGAGUCAGACAACUGAAAGCAUUGCGUAGAAGAAAUUUGCUUACAGUCGGCCUCCUAGGAACGGCAGUUUUGGGAAUUUAUGGUUAUUCAAUAUAUUCCGUAAGACAAGAAAGUUUCUUGGACGACUUUGAAAUACCAGCCACAACAACAGAAUAG